AUUAUACUCUUUGAUAAAGUUUUUUUCACCAUUGCCUACUAACAAAACACAUUCUCAGUGUUUUGUGUGUCAGUGUUUGUUUGGCUUUAGUUUGCUUGUUUAAAUAAAUCUGAGUUGCAGUUGACUGAAGGAAGGAGUGUUUUGUCUACUACUGACGUUAGGAUUGGUGUGUUAUAACUAUGUUAUAAGUAUGAUAUAAGUAGCCUGUCGUUUGUGGUUAAAUAUUGUUUGUCUUAUUUUAUUAAUUUACCAGCUAAUUUAUUAUUUGACCAUUACCUUCGCAUACCGGUAUACAAAUUAAUAGCAGUAUGUCGGAGUAUGAUAUGGUCAAAAAAGGAAAAAUAAUGUUCAAAGGGGACAAAUCCAGCUCAAAACGAAAAAGGAAACACAAACAUAAAGAUAAAAAUAGAGAUGUGGAACCAGUUGAAGAUGAAGAUAAAAUAAAACAUGGUGGAUGGAGCAAUAUAGAUUCUACAAGACUUAUAACUGGAUCAGUAGCAAUUGAAUUUGGCAAUCAGACCUACGUAACAGCAUUAGAUAAUGGAUUGUUUACAUUAGGACCUCCACAUAAUGAAGGUGAAGGACCUCUUCCUGAAGAAGUCUUGACAGCUGUAAAUGUUAGUGACACAAAAGUAGCUUUUAAAUCAGGCUAUGGGAAAUACCUUGGAGUUCACAAAGACGGAACUGUCAUCGGACGUUCAGAUGCAAUUGGUGCUUUGGAGCAGUGGGAACCUGUAUUCCAGGAUGGAAAGUUAGCGCUACUCAGCUGCACUAACUGUUUCAUGUCUAUACGAAGUGAGGAUGACCAUUUGGUGGCAUCUAGCAAGACAGCAGGUCCAGCAGAGUUUGUGCAGAUACGAUCAGCUGCUGAUGUGCAGACAGAUGACGUUAAUGAGAUUCCAGUUGAAGAAAAAGGAAGUCUUUCACAGAUAGAAGAAAAUUAUGUGCGUAAAUUUCAAAAAUUCCAAGACAAAAAGUUGAAGAUAAACUCUGGUGAUAAAUCUGAGCUCAAGAAAGCUAAGAAAACUGGAGUUUUGCACGAAGCAAUGCUUGACAGAAGAAGCAAAAUGAAAGCUGAUAGAUAUUGUAAAUAAAGUUUACAUUUAUUACAUCCAUAAAAA